AUGGAAGAAGCGGUCACUUACACCGCUGGUGAUACGUCGACUCCACCAGAUCUUCGACUCUUACACUUCAACGACGUCUAUCAUCUCGAUGCUUUCUCCAGAGAGCCAGUCGGCGGCGUGACCCGCUUUCAGACUGUAUGCAAUUACUACCGCAACGAUGAACGCUUCUCAGGUCAGCCGGAUUUGAUCCCGCUAUUCUCAGGAGAUGCCUUUAAUCCCAGCUUGGAGAGCAGUGUCACAAAAGGUAGUCUCUGCUCUGCUCUUCUGAUAAGCGUGAACCACGAUCUCGACUUUGGUGUCAAACAGUUUCGGAGCCUUGCCCGACAGUGCACAUUUCCUUGGUUACUGGCCAACGUCUUGGAUCCACAACAUGGCCCGGAUGUCCCGCUCGGCAAGGCACUCAAGACUGUCAUGCUAACUGCCUCCAAUGGCGUCAAGAUCGGAGUCAUUGGCCUGGUGGAACGCGAGUGGUUGGAUACCAUCAACUCUUUACCUCCCAACUUGGUCUACAAAUCAGCCUCCGCAACAGCUAUCGAACUAGUACCCAAGUUGCGGGAACAAGGCGCCGAGAUCAUUAUUGCUCUAACACACCAGCGAGAGCCGAACGAUAACAAACUUGCCGAGAAGAUACCAGAAGGGCUGAUCGAUAUCGUACUCGGAGGACACGACCAUUAUUACAAACACUCGCUGAUCAACGGAACUCAUGUCUUGCGGUCGGGAAGUGACUUCAAGCAACUCAGCUAUAUCGAAGCACGACGGCGACCUGCGGGCGGCAAAGGAUGGGAUUUUCAUAUUGUCCGGCGGGAUGUUGUGUCGGAUAUUGCCGAGGACGAAAAAAUGACACGAGUUGUCGACCAGCUGACGGCGUCCCUGAAGGACAAACUCGAAAAGCCUCUGGGGUAUACGGCUGCACCCCUCGACGCGAGAUUUACCACAGUGCGACUUAGGGAGUCCAAUAUCGGCAACUUUGUUUGCGAUCUGAUGCGAGCUCAUUAUAAUGGCGAUUGCUGCCUCAUGGCAGCCGGCACCAUUCGUGGAGACCAGAUAUACCCGCCGGGGGUUCUGAAAUUAAAGGACAUCAUGAACUGUUUUCCAUUCGAGGACCCUACUAUCGUCAUCCGAGUCACAGGAGCGGCCCUGCUUGCAGCUCUUGAGAAUUCCGUCGGCGCAUAUCCUGCCCUGGAGGGCCGGUUCCCCCAAGUCUCCAAUAUCACUUUCGAGUUUGAUCCAUCACUCCCGCCGCUCCACCGAAUUAAGUGGACCAGGGUCGGUGGUCAGCCACUAGACUUGGAAAGAAAAUACGUCCUUGUCACACGAGGGUACAUGGGCAGAGGCAAAGACGGCUACGAUUCUUUACUGGUCAAAUCGGAAGGGGGCGAGGCCGAAGAGAUUGUCUCGGAAGAGAAUGGCAUCCUGAUAAGCAUGAUGCUUCGGCAGUAUUUCAUGUCGUUGAAGAUCAUCGGCAAGUGGAAGCAUUGGGGCAAAAGCCUGAGUCGGCAUUGGGACGCCAUCCACGAGAACUUGCACGAUACACACCCAGUGGUGGAGCCCAAUCUCGACGACGUAAGCGACAAUCAGUUGAAGGCGAUUGACAGUAAGACAGGCACGACAACUCCCCUUGACGACUCGGAAGAUGAAAGUAGUCAUCGCGUCCAAGUUCAUUCAGACAUGCUGAGCGAGCGAGAAUCUCUAGUAGCGAGAAGAGUUACGCGGAAGUGGCGGCGCCUGGCAGGUGUGCGGUGUGAGGCCGGGUGUGUAGACCCUAUGAACGAAGGGGAGUUUCAAGUCGACUGGACUAAGGCCAUUGCACCAAGAUUAGAGGGUCGGAUUAGGAUGGUCGAAGGCGCAGAGGUGGUAGAAGUGAAGUCAUAG